ACCACAGAGUUACAAGUCUUCUUUAACUAGUAGUAAAGUCGAGAAGUUCGAAAUUUUUCGAAGAAACUAUCAACCAUGUACAAGUUCGUAGUAUUUGCCGUUCUCGUAGCCUGCGCUGCAGCUGCACCAGCACCAGCACCAGCACCAGAACCAGCACCAGGAUACGCAGCUUACGUUGCUGCUCCACAAGCAGCCGUUGCUUAUUCGGCUCAUCCAGCUAGCCUCACCUAUGCUGCACAUGCACCAACUUUCACCUACGCCGCUCACGCAGCCCCGGUUGCUUAUACCGCGCAUGCAGCCCCAGUUGCAUAUGCCGCACAUGCAGCCCCAGUUGCAUACACCUCUCACUCUUCUCAUCUGACUUACGCCGCACCAGCCAUCAGCCUCGUUCACUAGAUCACCGUGAUACAGCUGAUUCACGAAGGAUGAUGAACGAAUUGAAAUGGAUUGGAACGACGUUUAAAAGAAGAACAUGAACUACGAUCGACUAUUUUUGGUUUCAUUUUUUCUUUCAAAUUACGAAUCACGAAUUUUGAUCUUGUAUAACGUUGUUGAAAAUACCUUACGACU